AUACACUGCCGCUCACACCUUUUGCGUCGUACUGUUUACAUCUUCGAAGCCUCCCACGGUAUUAAACGGCAGUAAGUAAGUUAGAGUUACGGAAAUAACCAUAAAGCUUCUCAACGCAUUGCAUCAAUCCAGUUGUUCCUCGCAACAGGAAUUAUUGGAGGACCGCAAUGGGUAGAGUCCUCUUCUGUCGACCAUGCGACUUCCUCUGCCUGGCCGUUUUUGUCGGGCUCGCAGGCGUUCCCGCAACAGCAGCUCGAAUAACUGCUGCUGGAGAAAGCGAAGGGCAGAAAACCGGAACGCCGAAAGGUGACACACUUCUGGCACAAGGCAAAGCCAGCCAAAUUUGUCGGGAAUUUGACCGACGAAAUAAAAGUCGACUGCAAGCGGUCGACACACCGGCUUUUUUAUCCGAUGAGAAGCGAACCUUUGGUUUCGAUGAGUUCUUGGCAGCAGAUCCUGAUGGCGAAAAGAGCGAAUAUUUCCCUCCAAUCUCCUCACCUGUGCUCCAGAAUCAACCCUAUCCUUCUGUACACGAGCGGGGCGAAGGCAGAGAACAAAAACAGGCGUCUUUGCCGUCUUUCGUUUGCGAGGAGCAGAUGCAAAAAGGCGUGCGGAAAAGCUCGAGCAGCUGCGGCUGGCCCGGCUAUUUGCUCGCAGAUAGCGAUGAUGAGAUGGCACUUCCGACGAGAAGGGUGCGUCGGACCCCUGCAACAAACUCCCGCGACUCAACGUCAACAUCUCCACUUCUUCAUUCCGUAAACCCUUCGACGGGACGCAUUCCACUCGAGGCCAGUGACGCAGACAUCGAGAAUUUUCUGGAAGAAAUCGAGAAAGAACUCCAGAAAGCACGUGAAGAUCAUGGAGACUCCCGAGAAAAUUUGAAACACAAGGCGACCACAGAACUCACAAGCAACACCGAAAUCGGCAACCGUUCUCCCACUUCUAGCAGUAGUUCAAACACCGUGAUGCCGGGCGAAUCUGCUUUGUCGCCGUUGAUCUUCCCAAUCGCAGAGCAGGAGGCUGUAACAAGCCACAAGAACAGCACGCUGCGAGUGCGCCGUUCCCGACUUCUUGCCAAGAAAACAACCGUGCCGCUUUUCUCUUCGGCGCGCACGUCUGUCCGCGACGUGUGGAACACCAGCGACCUCUGCACUGUCCGCGUCGCGUUGCUCGUUCUGUGCGUCGUCUCCUAUGCGAACUGCAUCCUGCAGCUGCGGCCCAUGCUGCAUAAAGCGACGCCGACUUGGAUUAUCAGAACCACCCCUCCGGCGGAUCAUCCGGACCACACAAGGGGCUCGCUAAACAAAGCGGAAGCCGCAGGGUUCGCUAGCGGAAAGAGCAGUACCAAGACGAAGGAAAGCAGCAGUAGCAGCAUGCUGAAUUUAUAUGGCGAAAAUGUUGACGAGCAGAAGGAGGAACAUCACCGAGAUGAACAUCACACGACCUCCCAAUCGUCGUCCGCACAGCUGUUGUUACAGACCUGUGUUUGCCUUCCGUUCCUGUCCGGAGCGUCCGUAGCCUCGCGGCAAGAUCGCUUGCGGCAUCAAGGUAGUAGAUUGAAGAUACGGGCUUUGACAGCUGCGACAGCAGAGCGGUGGCAGCAACUGAGUCUUAAAGCUGGAGAAAGGACAGGGACGGGUAGGCCAGAUGAGGCGCUGGGAACUAAUGCGGACGAAGACUCCGUUGAAGAUGAUGCGGAGGAAGACGACAACCUCCUACUUGCAACUCCAGCAUAUAAUUACCUCCCGCUGGAUAAUCGGGACAGUUCUUGGGAACACUACGAGCAAAGCGUGUGUUGCGGGUUGUUCCCGCGAUUAGAACAAGAAGAGGCAGCUACUUCGCACAGCUCAGCCGCUCCUGCGAAAAAAGCAACCUGGAAACUCGAGCCUGUGUUUGUGUACGAGGACAGUAGUAGUUGCACUAUGCUUUCCGAGCAUUCGAUGUGGAGCAUCUUGGAUCCUGCUUCGGUGCAUUCCGUCUCUACUACUGCUGUCUGUCGAAAUGUCCAAGACCAUAAAAAGAAGUGCGACCGCGAGGGUUGCGAAGGCAAAAAUCGCAACGCCAAGGAGGAAAAAGAAGUGGACUUCGCCAGGUUUUAUGCUUGGGGGUCCGCGCACAUGAUUUCGGGCUUUCUGUGCACGGAAACGGGCCGGUCGCGCCUCGCCCGCUGGCUGCAAAAGCGGCUUGGUCCGACCUGGGUCCCACAAUCGCUCUUGAGCAGUAAAAAUCGCAGGAAAAAAAAGCAAGGCGGGGACGAGAACCCUGGCGCACCACUUCACUGCGGAAACAGUGCACCAGUUCAGCGUUUGUUGAGUAACAGCGAAGUAGAGUGGUCAACAGAGGAGGACGUGCCGGAACUUGUCCUUGGUGGCAAGUUAGAAGACGCAUUGGAGAACCUACAAUUGGCUCUGCAGUUGGAUUCGGCUUUGGAGCGUCAAGCUUUGUUCCGUGCCGUGCUGCGCAGUGCAAAAUGCACCGCACAAGACCUUGCAGUGUUGAAGCGAGAGCUUGGUCACUGUCUCUCGAUGCUUAGCUCCUGAGAAUUCUAGAGCCAUGAUUUCGGCGAACGAAGUACUUGUCUUUAUGGGAAGGACAAAGAUGCGAGGGUGUCGUCGGUCCGCCUCGCCGGUGCGGUACAUUCAGAUGUAACAAACUGAGCGUCCUGCGAGAAUCGCCCCGAAGUUCAUACGCAAGUAGUUUUUGCAAUUUGGCACGACGAGCUUAUCUCUCCUGCACAUUUGUGUAUAGUGUAAUCAAUUUCUUAGUUUUUUCGUCUGGGAACGUGAAACCAUCACUACCGUUCUUCUCCAAGAACAGAAAAGCAGCAGUGUACGAAAAUUUCGAAGGAGGAGGUGUAGGCGUGCUGCGGAGUACUCUAGUUGUAAGAUAAAUAUUGCAUAUAAAGAUGCGUGUUACUUCUCUGAUUGCUGACAUGAUCGACAAGCAUGAUUUGAUAGGCGAACUUUUUUUUGACGUCGAGCUCUUUUUCGAUAAUAUCACGCAAUUUUACGAUCGCUCUGGUACUGCAAAGGACGGUGGCCACUUUGCAGCCUUCAAGACGCAUCAAGGCACGCUACUCUUCUACUGCAAGCGCUUUUCGAUGCGCAUCGAAGGCAACUAUGCAACAGUCGAUAGAACUUUUUUUUGUAAAUUGAUUUCGUUAGUGUUUAU